CUGACUUAAAGUCAUAUUUAUCAAUAAUUGAGAUCGAUUUGCCUUUGCGUUUAAAUGUGUAUAAAUGGGGUAAAUAUUUAUUUACUACACAUUAUGAAGAUUUAAUAAAUCAAGAUGUUUAGCAUAAAGCCAACAAAAGAUCAAGAUAUCGGAAAAUCAACAGCAGCUGUUAUUCCUACCAUAGACGUUACAGCAGACAGGAAGACGUUAUGUUCAACUUUAGAAACCAUCAACUCUAUUCUACGACAUGGCGAGACUCAUCAGAAACUAGAAUGUGUCGAUAGGAUCAUGAUAGCUGUGUACAUUGAGGACACAAAGCAGUCUAAGAAUUAUGACAAAGCUUUAGUCAAGACGAAAGUAUUCGAAUCAAUACUAGAACUUAUGAAGUUUAACGAUUACAACGACUUACUGUUCAAAGAUGACGAGACACGUGACCUAAACAUAGGUAUAGCCUCAUGUACCAUGAACGUCACAAAUUUUUUAAAAGGCGUUGGAGUAGCGAUAGCAGAAGCUGGUGGUAUUUCAUUGUUAACAGACAUUUGUAGAUUUAAGCCAUUCCUCGACAAAUUAGACAACGAGCAUAUCUAUUCCUUAAUUCUGAGUGUUGUAGCCACAUUACAUAACAUAGCUCGCUUGACUUCAGUACCGCAGUAUUUCAAUGAAAGUAAGACAGCUGAGGCAAUGUUGCCCUUCUUCGAUUCUAAGGACGAACGACUAAAGAUCUACGCCUUCAUAGGAGCAGCUCAGACUUGUAAUGAUAGCGAAAUUCACAUGCUUGUUGAUACUAAAGGAGUUAUUUCUUCUAUACUAAAAUACUUACAAAAAGCCACAGAAAGCUGCAAUUAUUGUUACGGUGGAGCUGAACUAAAAGAACUGAUGGAGGGGAUAGAAAAAUUAGCAAGCGCUGAUCCAAAUAAAAAGAAGAUUUUAGAAGCCGGUGCGUUACCAAUAUUUCAAACCAUCUUAGAUCUUGAUAAGCCGGAAGAACAAGCCUUAACAGCAAGAAUUUUGUGGACAAUGACAUUUGAUGAUGACGUUGCUAAAGAAGUAAAAUCAUCGAAAGCGUUGCUAGACAAAUUAGAAAUUUUGUCGAAGUCAUCAGAUAAAGCCGUAAGAAGUAACAUCAAGGGGCUACUAUAUAAUAUUGAACAAAGAUGUAAAAAGGAAUUUAAAGCAGAAGAUCAUUAUUUUGCCGAACAAAAGCCAACUGGUAAAUUUAAAACGGGAAAACAGCAAGACAAACAUUUAUUUAUUAGCUAUUCAUGGAAGGAAAAGGAAAUUGUUUUAAAACUGAAAGAUCUUUUACAGGAAAAAGGGCUACCAAUAUGGAUUGAUACAGAACAAAUGAGAGGAUCCACUUUACAAGCCAUGGCUGAAGCGGUAGAGAAUGCAUCACUUGUACUUAUUUGUAUGUCAGAGAGUUAUAAACAUAGUCCGAACUGUCGAUUAGAAUCAGAGUACACAUAUAGAUGCGGCAAAGAGUAUAUUCCACUAAUGGUUCAAAAAUAUUAUAAACCCGAUGGCUGGUUAGGGGCUCUGCUAGGAACAAAACUAUUUAUAGACUUUAGUGGAAAAUACCAGUUUGAACCAAAAUGGAAUGAACUAAUCAAAGAACUACAACAACAUAAAAUGUUAGGAAAUGAGGAAACAAACCAGGAAACUGCCAUUGUUGCGACGCCUGUGGAAUCUAAAUCAUCGACAAAACUAAAGAUAUCUACAAUUGAUGAGGUGAAACAAUGGCUGAUCUCAAAUAAAUUAGAAAAAUGUUGUCAUCAUUUUGAAAAUGUUAAUGGUGAAGGACUUUUACAACUAAAGUAUAUGCGACAUGAUGCACCAGAAUGUUAUUUCAAAAUGCUCAGUAGAAAGUUAAAACUCAGCGUUGGUGAAACACUCAACUUUACUGCAGCCCUUGAAAAGUUAUGAGCACCAACAUAAUGAUUUUUCCAGCAGCAAUGUUCUACAAACAGUGUAUUUUUGUCAAUCGUUUAUUACUAAGUGUUAAACAAAAUAUGCUAUAUUUGAUUGAUAAAAAAACCUAUCUCGCUCAAA